GUUGUUACAGGAAGAACCGCGGGUAAUCAGAGUGGGAGGAAUGAUAUAAAGAUGAGCGUCUUGCGAACGAUCGGAAUAGAAGAAUCGAUCUUACAACAUGUGGAGACAUCGAACGAUCGGGCUUUUUGCCUUGCUGGCUCUUCUCUGCAUUGACGCACAAGCUGCAGAGACCAGAGCGAAACGUAACCCUCACGGAUUUCACGAUGCAGCCGCUGGAAGCAGUUUCCUGAAAUCUCUCGCUGGUGUGGGUGGAUUAGGUGCUGGAUUAGGUGGUGGAUUUGGCGGAGGAUUUGGCGGAGGUUUCGGCGGUGGUGGCGGUGGUGGCGGAGGUGGAGGUGGUGGCGGAUUUGGUAGUGGCGGAGGAUUCGGUUCUGGUGGUGGUUUUGGUGGCACUAAGGGAGGACCUGGCUGCCAUACCGGAACUUGCGGUGGCCACGGCAGUAGUGGUGGUGCCGGAAGUGGCUCAGGAGGUGGUGCCGGAGGUGGUGCCGGAGGUGGUGCCGGAGGUGGUGCCGGAGGUGGCCUUGGAGGUGGCCUAGGAGGUGGCUUAGGAACUGGCUUAGGAGGUGGACUAGGAAGUGGCCUAGGAGGUGGCCUAGGAAGCGGCCUAGGAGGUGGCUUAGGAGGUGGAGCUGGCGGUCACGGUUCAGGAGGGCACGGAGGAGCUGGUGGUCGCCCUGGCGGUGGUGCCGGAGCAUAUGGUGGCUCCGCAGCUGGAGGUGGUGCUGGAGGAUACGGAGGAUCUGGCGCUGGGGGUGGUGCUGGCGGUGGGGCUGGAAGUGGCGCUGGAGGUGGCGCUGGAGGAUACGGAGGAUCUGGCGCUGGAGGUGGCGCAGGAGGAUACGGAGGAUCUGGCGCUGGAGGUGGCGCAGGAGGAUACGGAGGAUCUGGCGCUGGAGGUGGCGCAGGAGGAUACGGAGGAUCUGGCGCUGGGGGUGGCGCCGGAGGAUACGGAGGCUCUGGAGCUGGAAGUAGCGCCGGGAGUCAUGCGGGGUCAACUGGAGUAGUAAAAACUGGUGGUUACGGUAGUUCAGGUGCCGGAGGUGGUGCUGGCGGACGCGGUAGUGGAGCUGGCGGAUUUGGUGGUGCAGGCGCCGGUGGUGGAGCUGGAGGAUAUGGCGGUGCAGGUGCCGGUGGUGGAGCUGGAGGUUAUGGUGGCCUAGGUGGUGGUACUGGUGCUGGCGGACACGGUGGCGCCGGUAGUGGAGCUGGCGGAUUUGGUGGUGCAGGCGCCGGUGGUGGAGCUGGAGGAUAUGGUGGCGCAGGCGCCGGUGGUGGAGCUGGAGGUUAUGGUGGCCUAGGCGGUGGUGCUGGUGCUGGCGGACACGGUGGUGCCGGUGCUGGAGCUGGAGGUUACGGUGGUUCAGGUGCCGGAGGUGGUGCAGGCGCCGGUGGUGGAGCUGGAGGUUAUGGUGGCCUAGGCGGUGGUGCUGGUGGUGGCGGACACGGUGGAGCAGGUGCCGGAGGUGGAGCUGGCGGAUUUGGUGGCGCAGGCGCCGGUGGUGGAGCUGGCGGAUAUGGUGGAUCAGGUGCCGGAGGCGGAGCUGGCGGAUUUGGUGGAGCUGGUGCUGGAGGUGGAGCUAGUGGACACGGCGGCGCAGGUGCCGGUGGAUCUGGUGGCUAUGGUGGAGCAGGUGGUCUAGGCGGAAGCGGUGGUUAUGGCGGUCACAGAGGGGCAGGCGCCAGUUCCAGUGCCAGCGCCAACGCCAACGCGAAUGCUUACGCAAGUGCGAGUGCCAGCGCUAAUGCACAUGCUCUUGCUAAUUCAAAUGCGCAUGCAUCCGCUACUGCGAACGCAAACGCUGGUGCCGGUCUCGGAGGAGGAUACGGCGGUUACGAUGGUUAUGGUGGUCCCGGUGGACAUGGAGUCGAUCUUUUCUCCCGCCUGGGCGAUGUCAACGAAGGAGUAAAUAAGAGCGGAGCCGUGGACAAAGCCAAAGGUGUCUACAGCAGUAGCGCAGCCAACAUCGAUUCUACUGGAAAGGGAUCGUACAAAGUAUCGGCUGGAAAAAUAGUCUAAAUGAUCUUACCGGAGAAAGUUGAAAUCGACAUUUACGAUAGAAGACGAACCAGAAUUUGAUCUGUGAUCAAAGGCUUGCGCGGGGUUCGAUUCGCGUAUCGCUAUUUUUACUGUUUAUACCUAGUCUGUCUUUAUUGUAUUCAAUGAAUAAAAUGCGUGGACGAGUCUGGCGUAGCGCUAAACCUUUAAAAUACCUCCUCUUUAAAAUAGCAGAUUCACAUGACGUAAACUGUGCAGUUCGAAUAAACGAUUCAUUCUUACUUA